AUGACGAAAGUUCCUCAGAGGUUUGAUUUCAAUUUCUUAAGUGAGGAAGAAGCCAGGAAGAUCCUUCAGGUGCUGGAAAGAAAUGAGGAACUACAGAGGGCAGAGAGGGACAGGAUCAGCAAACUUCAGAAGACAAAGAGGGAUAUCAGAUGGCUUCAAGGAGUGACCGGCGAAUGGUUUGAAGAAAUUCAAAGAAAAAAGUUUUGCAAUGACACAGAUGUUAGCCAAAUGUUAAAACAACCACUUACAUGCAGACUAAGGAAGGAGAUGGCAAAAAAUGAUCCGAUAGAAUUACAAACAUCAGGAUUUAAAAAUUUAAUGAAUCAGAAAAAGACAUCUGUUUCAUCUCGGCUGAGCUUCAGAUCAUCAUUUGCUUCCCUGUUCUCAUUCAGAAAACCCGGAAAGGAGACUUUAAAGCUUCAGUCUCCAGGACAGAAAGGAUGCGAUGGUCAGGCAGGACCUCCUGCGUCUGUGAGGGGAACCUCGGUGCAGACAAAAGCAUACAGUUCACCUCUGGAAAAUCGACCAGUCAACAGUGCAUUUGUCUCCAAGCCAGCAGUCAUGAAGGAGGGAAGUGGGAUUCCUCCUCCAUGGGAUGCCUCCCUGCUGGAGAAUGAGAUUUUUCAAGUUUUAGAUGAUUUGGAUAGCAAACUGGCUCAGGAACAAUCUGCAAGUUCAGUGAAUACCAGAAUGCCCCCCACCUAUGGAUUAAGAACACAGUUCAGUCAUUUUUACUCCAGUGGGAACAGACACGAUAAUCUCACAGGAAGGCACAAAAAUAGCUAUAAUGAAACUUCCAAUAUGUCUAUCUAUGACAUCCUAAGACCAAGAACUCCUAGGGAAGGUUUUAAAACCUUUUCUCCUAGGACAAAAACAAUUUAUGAUAUGUACAAGACAAGGGAGCCCAGAGUCUUAAAAGAAGAUGCUGUGCAAAAGAAUACUUUUGGUAGUACUUCCCUGUGUUUCGACAGCAGGCGACGAUCAACCCCACCAGCCACAAGGCAUUUCACAACAAGAAGCUUACAUUUUCCAACCGUGACUAAGAGCAAGCAUGGUUUUGUGCCGCCACACCACCAGCAGAGCCCAAAGAGAGUUCCUCUAUCAGCCAUCAUAUGGAAUAGAUCAGAUUCUUCUACAGAUAAGCAGAACCAGGAAGAGUUUCUGAGGGUACCUUCACCAAUGGAAAUUGACUCUACUGACCAGUAUAUGUAUCCCAGGAGUUUUCAGGAGAACAGAAGAGAUGAAUUGUACCAUUCACAGAAUGUUUUCCAAAGCGUUAGUUUAAAUGCCCCCAUGGAUAAUGCAAUGAGUCCUGACACAUUUGAGAACUCAGAGAAUAUGCCAUUCUACCGUAAAGACAACUCAUUUGCUAGAUCUUUCUUUAGCAAUACCUUUGGACGAAGCAGAGAACAGAGAUUUGGACAAAAUCCUUUUUGGGGCCAACAGGAAGAACAUUCCUCCUGGUCUGACUUUCAUCAAAGCAGGAAGCCAUCCACUUCUUCUGACAGAGACUUUGACAUGAUUUCCAUUGAAACAAAUAGUGCAUCAGCUGUUCAUGGCCAUAGUGUUUCUUCUCAGCACUGGGGAUCGAUUUCUCCUGGUUAUGGAGCAGAUGUUUCCAAAGUCCAAGAAGAGGCACAUCCCUGGCAGUCUGAUGUUCAGAUGUCCACACUGGAGAGUUUGGAGGUAUCAAAAGGUAAUGGGAACCAGCUGACUCCUCAUUAUGGCACACCAAAUGUUUGCUCCAUGUCUGGUUCAAGUUAUCACAUCACAUCUAGUGGGUUGGAAUAUCAACAGGACAGUUCUCCUAUAGUAGUACAUAAAAACAAAGAAUUUUACUCAUUGGGUAUUGCUCAGACUCUAGCAUCCUCAUUCCAAACUUCCUUUCCCCAAAUUCCUGAUGACAGAGGGGAUUCUCAGAGUCCCAACUUUCAGAAUCCCACAGUCACUAUGCAGAAAAUUAUUCCUGAUAAGCCUGCCUCUCUUCCAAUAAGAAGCCAUACAGAAGUCACUGUGACCAACAGUGAUUCCGUUGAUUCUCCACUUCUUGCUGAAAGCCAGCCCAAUAUCUUGGCUACGGAAGUGAAUUAUAAGAAAGACUUGAAUGAAUCUCUUUCAGAAGAAGACAAACUAAACAAGAAGGACCAAAUAAACAUGACAGAUGAAAUACCCCAAUCUAUUUCACAGACAGUAAUUUCUAACCCUUUACCUGAUUUUCAAAAUCCCCUCUCCCAGGAUUCAGCCAAGAGCAACAGGUUUAUUUCAAAUGUAUCUAUGACAAUAACUUCAAAAAGGUCACCCAGAGCCUUUUCCAGGAAAGAUUCCUCCAAAAUUUAUAUAUCACACAGAGAUAAAGCCAAUGAACUUAAAAUAGACCAGAGUUUUGAUGGUAACAGACAACUUGGCUCAGCAACUUCCCUUCCUUUCAUUCAGAAAAGUAGAACACCACCAUCUUUCCCCAGCCUGAGUCAAGAUUGUCACCAGGAAUUAACAGAAAGUAAUGAAGAUAUUUCAAGUAUUAAUAAACCUACAGGUAAUCAAAAUGCACAGUCUCCAGGGGAGCCUGUUAUUUUAGACACCAAGGGAGAACAAUGUACCACAACUCAUUCCAUUAACUAUACCAAGUUGGCUGCCGGGCACAAUAUCUCAUGUGAUUCUUUAGGUGUGUCAUCAGGUGCACUACCAGAUUCCUCAUCAUGGAAUAAUUCUUUCCCUGAUGCUCUUGUGAUUUCUUCUACUACAGGGUUCUCCAGGAGAAGCCCUUCAGAUGAAGAUUCAUCUCUGGGAGAAAGAGAAGGAAAAGACAAUGCUAGCAAGAGCCAAAGUGAUCCAUUUGCUGUAUGCCCCUCAGAAAACCAAAAGGACGAUGAUAGUUAUGUGCCUGUCUAUAAUGAAGUGGUUGAUUUUGUCAAAUGCCACUCACACUCUCCUUUCAGGAGUGGAAAGGGGAAAGGAAAAGUAAGACGUCACAUAUCCUGUAUUGAAAAGUUAAGCAAAACAGAAAGUAAAUCAACACCUACAAAUGAUAGCAGUAGCGUCAUUGAGGUGAAUCAGAGCAGUUCCGAAGCUUCCAAGUUUGACACAAUUUAUUGUACCUUGCCAAGAAAACCAGCUAGUUUUCUCACAAAUAAUAGGCAGUCUGAAAGUAAGAUAAUGGCUGCUUCGUUUAGGAAUGGGCCGCUUCCAUUCCAAAUCAAACAUAAUGUGGACGAUCCAAUAGGAAAGCACACAUCAGACGAAGUCAGUCCCAGUUCUCCUGAGUCAAUUAGUGAAUGUGCCAAAGUCAUUUCAAACUCAGUUCCAGUAGCAGCUGAAGCCAUGGAAAGGAUGACAAAUAUGAAAAUCAUGAAAUCUUCUGUGAGAAAAGGACCACUUCCGUUCCUUAUCAAGAGGACUAUGUCAUGUCCUUCAGGAGAUCCAUGUGCCUCAAAUGGAAGGGAUGAAAGAAAAAAAUCAGCAGUCUCAGACACGAGUGCUUUUGCCAUAACACCAAGGCCUAGGGAGAGGAACAUUAACCCUCUGGAAAGUGACUCCUCUGUUAGAGACUGUUAUUUAACCAAAAGAUACCACCAAAAGGAAUACGCUCAAGAAUGCACUGAAAAGGAUGGCAAAAUUGCUGCCUCCAGGACAAGUGUAUUUUCUCUUUCAAACAAAGACUCUGUACCUUUUGGUUCAGAUCUGUCAGGAAAAGAAAGUGGGAAAACAGUACAUAAAUUUAAGACUACUAGUACGUUUUCUGUUUCUGGUGAUGAAGAUAAUGUAAAAUGUCUUGAGGUGGUUUCAAUAUAUUACACUCUACCAAGGAAACAGAGCAAAACAUUCUGUAACCUCCUUCAACAGUAUACACAAAGUACUGAUUCACUUACAGAAUCACCUCAAGUGGAGACUGAAACAUUUUGUAAAGCUUUAGAAAAAAACGAACUAAACUAUUCUGUGCAAGAGCAGUCAGGAACACCUUUAUCUGAAAAUCUAAAGAUGCUGGUUAACUCUGCUCAGAAGAAUAGCCGUUGUCUUCCUCAUACCACUGAGAAUAUGACCAUCUUGCAGUUACCAAGUAGAAGACCCUCAGAGUCUACAUUACAGGAAAUGGUUUCUGUUGAGGCAGAUGUUUCUCCUCAUAAAGGAGAAUCUAAAACUACAGAGAUUUUCCCAGAUAAUUUAGCUAAAACUCCUCUGGAUGAUUCACAAAGCAGGAAAGAGAGAGGAAUCAAGUUGCAAAGUGAAACUCUGCAUACCUCAUUGAUGCUUCAAGAAAAAAAUGGUACAGAAGAAAAGUAUGAAAAUUGUCAACAAUUUAUUAAUUCAGGUAACAGUGGUUCUUCUAGUCUACCAGCCCAUUCAGAAGAUCAUAUUGAAAAUUUCCAAACCAAAAGAAGUUCCGGGGUGUGUGCAGGUAGUGAAAUAGUUGCUACAUUCACUGGAAAUGGAAAGUGUCCUCAGAAAGAUCACACAGCCAGAGCUGUAGAUAAUGGCAUCAGUGGAUCACAGUGUAGGGAAGUCAAAGGGGAAAUCAGAAUAGAUUGCCAAAAAAUGACUGAGAAAACACUUUCUGACUCAGAAAACCAAGUCUUUGCUCUUAUUCCAGCAUUGCAUAAACUACAGCUUGUUGAAGAGACUCAUUCAGGGGACACAGAUUUAGAGAGCUUGCAGACUGAACCCAGAGGAUCACCUCAAAGAAGUGAGGAGGUAAAUAUGACAGAGAACAGGAAGGCUAAAGAUGAAAUGCAGAAGUUUGCAUGGGAUCCACCUUUACUUCCUGGGGGAAAUAAUAAAAAUGAAACCAACCUGGAUGACCUAGAAAAAGAGGAAGACAGAUCUUCAGUUAAACACAGAUGGCUAACCAAGUCUACAGCAAUCAGAAAAUUCCCAGCUAAAGAGUUAAGUCCCAGAAGACAUGUAGCUACUAUCAUCCCCCAAAGUGGGAGCAGGUCUGGCUUUGGCUGUUUAUCUCUCGGCACACUGGAGUGCAACCCACUGUCCCCUGAGCCUACUACAAAGUCCUCAGAAUCCAUAGGUGAAAGCAGGUCAAGUAAUGAUGGAAUGAAUGUGGAGAAAUCUGAGAACCUUCUCCAGGUUACUGUAAUAUCCAACAGAGAACCUUCUAUACGCUCCAGCAAUCAGAAGUCUGACAGCAUUUCACAACUACAUCAGAAUGGGUUUAAUAAUGUCUCAGAAUCACCACCAAAGCAUGAGAAUUCUAAAGACAUAACAGCUCAGAUUUUGGAAAGAGAGUCAGGAGCCCCGGACCAGCUCAAAUUCACCAGCCUCAGGGAAGCAGACUUCUCCGACCAUCACAGGAGGCUGAGCUCUCCUUUUCCACUGGAGCCUGCACAGAAAUCUACACUCAGUAUCCCUCUAGCCAGUUGUCAGCAGCAGCAAAGGAACGCUUCAUCCCUGGAGUGGGAACCUGAGUCACACCUCUAUCGUUCAAAGAGUUUAAAAAGCAUCAAUGUGCACGGUGAUCUGCUACACAAAAGUCAUCCUCCAAAAGUCAGGGAGCGCCAUUUUUCUGAAAGCACUUCUAUUGACAAUACCCUGAGUCGACUGACCCUUGGGAAUGAAUUCUCUGUCAACGAUGGGUACAGUCGAAGAUUCAAAUCAUUUUCUGAAUUUCCUUCCUGUGAUGAAAAUGAAAGUUGGACUUUGUAUAGCAGCAGGACAAAAACAGGUCCCAAGUCUGCAUCAUCUAUAUCCAGACCUAUCGACUACGGUAUUUUCGGGAAAGAACAACAGUUGGCUUUCUUGGAGAAUGUAAAGAGGUCACUCACACAAGGAAGAUUAUGGAAACCAAGUUUUCUUAAGAACCCUGGCUUCCUGAAAGAUGAUGUGAUUAACCCUCCCAACCCAUCAGAGUUGUUAAGCUCAAAUUCUCCUAGUGGUCAGAUGCCCGAAGAUGGCUUAUCUCCAAAUAAACCACUUAAUAUCUAUGAGGAGGACCCAGUGGACUCAGAUUGUGACACAGACACAACCACAGAUGAUGAAUACUACCUGGAUGAAAAGGACAAAGAGUCAGAACUGUGAGGCUUUUUUAAUAAAAUGCAUAACCUUUUCGCCAAAAGCUUGUCAUGGAAAGGAAGUGUAAAUGUGUGUGUCCAUGGGAAAGGCAAAUAUAAAAGGUCUAGUCUGGGCAGUGCCUGCUCUCAAACAGCCCAGAUUUCCUUUUUUCCCUCUAUAUGCUAUAUAUAUACUUCCUGAAUUCC